AAUUCCUCCUUCACCCGCCCCGAGUUUUCUUUUGGCCGGCGAUCUUUAGUGAGCACGCUCCGGGAACAGCCUUCGGUUCAUCUCCGUGCUGCGGUCAUCAGCAAUAAUGGGUGCAGGGAGGAAAACUCAAACCACUCAUGUUGAUACCAGGAUUCCAGCUUCUGAGGGUGGCUACAUAUAUUUUAGGAACAUGUGCAAGAAUGAUUUAGGAGGAGUUAUCUUUGGUUGCAAGCACACGACAAUGCCAGAGUGUCUCUCGAAGCAAUUAUUUGGUUUACCCGCUGCGCAUUUCUCCUAUGUGAGAAAUAUUGGGCCAGGUCUACCAAUAUUUCACUUCAACUACAGUGAUCGCAAACUUCAUGGAAUAUACGAGUCUGCAAGUCAUGGCCAAAUGCACAUUGAUGCAUACGCAUGGAGUGAUGGGGGAGCAGAAAGGACUGCUUUUCCUGCUCAGAUCCGCAUCCGAAUAAGAGAACAGUGUAAGCCCGCUGAAAAUGAAUAUAAAAAUGUAAUCCAAGACAACUACUAUUCAUCACAGCAUUUUUGGUUUGAGCUAGAUCACUCUCAGACUAGAUCUUUAAUUGCACUUUUCAAACCGUAUCCUCCAACUUCUCGGCCAGUUCUAAAUCCAUAUAGCCAAGCUAAUCCUUUUCCACUGCUGCCAGUUCCAAAAUGGAAAUCGGCAAAGGAUGUAAAAGCUACAAGUUCAGGGACUGAAAAUAAAAUUGCAAUACUUUCUUUGGAUGAUAGCAACAAUGAUUAUGGUUACCCAACUAAAGCAUCAUCUAUUGCUACUGAAGAAAUAGAUUCUCUAGAGCCAAUAUCGAACUGGGAAGAUUUGUUUGAAAACGAUUUAUUAGAUGGAACAAGUUCAAGAACUGGUGCUAAGUUUAAUGAAGUUCCUGAAAUUUUGGAUAAACGACCAGUUGAUGAAGAAGAUUAUAAGAAUGUAUUGCUCAAACUGGAAAGACUUUCAGCUCAUAGCAAGGUGAGUUCAGCUACCUCGUCUGAGAAAAAUGAAACUCUAGAUACAGACAAUCUUCAUCAAGGAAGUGUCAAAAAAAAUGGUCCUUUAGCAGAUGCCUCUGUGAAAGAAGUGCAUCAAGUAACAGUAAAUAGUUUUGAUGGCAACGCUGAUAGGCAUAUUGACAUGGUUUUAAAUGAGUCAUUUGGUUCGGUUUAUCAAGCAAAUUCAACCUUUGCCAAUCUUUCUCAUGGAACUGCGGAGUUGUUGGAAACCAUCAGAGAACUGAAGGAACGCACUGCAAUAUUGGAGAAACAGCAGGCGGAGUCUAAUGCAGAAAUUCAACAUCUGAGGAGUCUACAUAGAAACUCAGGGCAGAUAAUUCAGCUGCUGAGUGCCCGCUUUAAUGCUAUAGAAUCAAAGAUAGGCACUUCCAUGCUACUUGAUAAUCAUGUAGACAAAGUUGUUGACCAACAUUUGGCUUCAGAAAAUUUAAUUUACCUUAUUGGAGGUUAUAAUGGUUCUGCAUGGCUAUCGGCCUUAGAUUCCUUCUCUCCAUCACUAGACAUUGUUACGCCCUUGAAGCCAAUGAGCUGCAUUCGUUCUUAUGCUUCUGUAGUUGCACUAAAUGGAUUCAUAUAUGCUUUGGGUGGUGGAGAUGGAACUUACUGGUAUGAUUCAGUUGAGUGUUAUGACCGAAGACAUAAUGAAUGGAUCUCAUGCCCUGCGAUGAUCAAUGAGAAAGGAAGUUUAGCAGGUGCAACUUCGAAUGGAAAGAUUUAUGCUAUUGGUGGAGGUGAUGGAGUUAGGAGUUUUUCUGAUGUUGAGAUGUUCGACCCUGCUUUGGGACGUUGGAUAUCUUGGCAAUCAAUGCUUCAUAAGCGCUUCGCUCCUACCGCAGCUGAACUAAAUGGCGUGUUAUAUGCUGUUGGCGGAUAUGACGGACAAAGUUACUUGAAGUCAGCUGAAAGAAUUGAUCCACGGGAGGUCUCAUGUACACCAAUACCAAACAUGAUUACCAGAAGGGGAUGUCACUCAAUGGCAGUUCUAAACGAGAAACUGUUUGUCAUGGGUGGCUAUGAUGGCGAAAAUAUAGUAUCUACUGUCGAAAUGUAUGACCCCCGCGCAAAUGCUUGGAUGGUUGGUGAACCAAUGAAGUUUGCGAGAGGAUACAGUGCUACCGCGCUUCUCGGCGAUUCUCUAUUCAUCAUUGGUGGAAUUGCAAACAGCGACAACAUGAUAGAAACGAUGGAAUGUUAUAGAGAUGGGUUUGGUUGGACCAACACCUGUCUUAAGGCUGUCGGAAAGAGGUGCUUCUUCUCGGCGAUGUCUUGCGAGCUUGUUUAGGUCAAUGAUUAGCUUGUUUGACCUAAAUAAUGCUAAAUUCAGUUUUGGGAGUCCUGCUUUUGAAUAAAAUUUGAAGGUAAAGUGUUAUUUUUUGGGUGAGAUGGGUGGACCUUUUAUUUUGCGAGCUUUAGAAUGCUUUUGAACUUCUGGUGGCUCAUUUUACUUAGCUUGUAAUGAUAGGGAUAGUUGAUUACUGAAAUAUGAUUCAAGUGGCCAAUAUUGAUUCAAAAUCUAUUUAA